ACGCAUGCGUUAUCUACAGUGUCCUGCACGUCGCCGCUGACGUCACCUCGCCGUGGCCGUUAGAGUAGAGGGAGGGCGAGAGGGUGGCCUUCAUUGCGGCGGCGUACUGUACGUGCGCUGGUGGCGUCGCGAAGCGGUCAGUUCAGGGGUUCAAAGAGGAAAAACAUGGCGGACAACAAAGGAGGCGGUGGCGGAGAGACGGAAGGUUCCGUGAGCAGCGACAACAACAACAAUGGCAGCGGGCAGGACGGGAACGCUGCGGGCACUGAGGCCCAGGCCAUGGAAGAGACAGAGAACGGGGAGAAGGCUGCGGCCCCCGUUGUGCCAGUGGCUGCCCAGGCAGCGGAGAGCCCGGCCCCCCCCUCCUCCUCAGCGGCCUCUUCUGCCACCGCUGCCCCAUCGUCCACGUCGUCCGUGGUGUUUAACCUGCUGGAUACGUGUUCUGUGUGCAAGCAGAGCUUACAGAGCCGGGACUCGGAGCCUAAACUGCUGCCCUGCCUGCACUCCUUCUGCCGCCGCUGCCUGCCGGAGCCUGAGAGGCAGCUCAGUGUCCCCCUGCCUGGUGGCAGCAACGGGGACAUCCAGCAAGUGGGUGUGAUCAGGUGUCCGGUUUGCAGACAAGAAUGCAGACAAAUCGAUCUAGUGGAUAAUUACUUUGUGAAAGACAUAUCUGAAUCGCCAAAUGGCACCGAUGAGAAGUCUGAGCAGGUUUGUACAAGUUGUGAAGACAACUCGAGUGCUGUUGGGUUAUGUGAGGAGUGUGGGGAAUGGCUUUGUAAGACAUGCAUAGAAGCACAUCAAAGGGUUAAAUUCACUAAGGACCACAUUAUCACAAAGAAAGAAGAUGUCUCUUCAGAUUCGGUGGGAGCUUCAGGGCAGCGUCACGUUUUCUGUCCCGUCCAUAAACAGGAGCAGCUGAAACUGUUCUGUGAAACUUGUGACAGACUAACUUGUCGUGACUGCCAGCUUCUUGAGCAUAAGGAACACAGAUACCAAUUUUUGGAGGAGGCCUUUCAGAACCAGAAGGGUGCAAUUGAGAACCUGUUGGCCAAGCUCCUGGAAAAGAAGAAUUAUGUUCAUUUUGCAGCUACUCAGGUCCAGAACAGGCUAAAAGAAGUGAAUGAAACUAAUAAAAGAGUGGAACAGGAAAUUAAAGUUGCAAUCUUCACCUUAAUAAAUGAAAUAAAUAAGAAGGGCAAAUCUCUCUUACAGCAGCUGGAGAGUGUCACAAAAGAAAGGCAAAUAAAGCUUGCGCAGCAGCAAAAUGACAUAACUGGCCUGUCCAGGCAAGUGAAACACGUAAUGACCUUCACAAACUGGGCGAUCGCGAGUGGCAGCAGCACAGCGUUGUUGUACAGCAAGCGGCUGAUCACUUUCCAGUUGCGUCACAUUUUAAAGGCUCGAUGUGACCCAGUACCAGCAGCAAAUGGAGCCGUAAGGUUCCACUGUGACCCAACUUUCUGGGCUAAGAAUGUAGUUAAUUUAGGUAACCUUAUUGUUGAAAAUAAGCCGACGUCCGGGUACUCUCCUAAUGUGGUUGUGGGGCAAGGUCCCCAGGGAACAAAUCAUGUAAAUAAACCCCCUGCGCAAAUUAACCUAGCACAACUCCGACUACAGCAUAUGCAGCAGCAGGUGUAUGCGCAAAAGCACCAGCAGCUUCAGCAGAUGCGGAUGGUUCAGCCUCCUAACCCGCAUCAAAGGCCAUCUGGCCCACAAGUAAUGCAUCAACAGCCUCCAAGGUUAAUCAGCAUGCAAACCAUGCAGAGGAAUAACAUGAACUGUGUAACUUACCAAGCACAUCAGAUGAGAAUGGCACAGAAUGCACACAACGUUGCACAGAAUGCCAAUCGCAUGCCUGGUGUACCCCGUCACAACGGCCCUCAGUACUCAAUGAUGCAGCCUCAUCUCCAAAGACAGCACCACUCUAACCCUGGGCAUGCUGGUCCAUUUCCAGUAGUCUCAAUCCAUAAUAAUGUAAUCAAUCCUACUAGCCCUACAACAGCAACCAUGGCAAACGCAAACCGAGGCCCAACCAGCCCGUCUGUUACAUCAAUAGAAUUAAUUCCAUCUGUAACAAAUCCAGAGAACCUUCCUUCUCUGCCUGACAUCCCCCCCAUUCAGUUGGAAGAUGCUGGGUCAAGCAAUUUAGACCACAUAUUAAGUAGGUACAUCUCAAUAGGUCAUCAGCUUCCACAGCCAACAAGCACUAUGAAUCCAUCCCCAGGACCAUCUGCCAUGUCACCGGGCUCAACAGGCCUGUCCAACUCUCACACACCAGUAAGGCCUCCCAGUACAUCAAGCACAGGCAGUAGAGGAAGUUGUGGUUCCAGUGGUCGAACUGUUGAUAGAAACGCAUUUAAAUCGGAUGCAAUGAAGGUGAAGCAGGAACCUGGCAUAGAAGAGGACGUGUGUAGUUUCUCAGGAGCCGUUAAGCAAGAGAAAUCUGAGGAUGGCAGACGAAGUGCAUGCAUGCUAAGCAGUCCAGAGAGCAGCCUGACCCCACCGCUCACCACCACGCUGCACCUUGAAAGUGAUCUAGAAGCCUUGGCCAAUCUGGAAAAUCAUGUAAAGGCCGAGCCAAAUAGCAGAAACAGGAGUUGUGAACAGUCUUCCCAUGGUACUCUCGUAAAUGGAAAAUCGCCUGUCCGUAGUUCUAUGCAUCGGUCACCAAGAGGUGGAGGCAAUGGUGAUGGGACAAACAAAGAUGAAGAUCCAAAUGAAGACUGGUGUGCGGUGUGCCAAAAUGGAGGAGACCUCUUAUGUUGUGAAAAGUGCCCAAAGGUUUUUCACCUCACAUGUCAUGUACCAACACUGCUUAGUUUUCCAAGUGGUGAAUGGAUGUGCACGUUCUGUAGAGACCUGAACAAACCUGAAGUAGAGUACGAUUGUGACAACUCUCAACACAGCAAGAAAGGGAAGACAGUUCAAGGCUUGAAUCCUGUGGACCAAAUGAAAUGUGAGCGACUGCUACUGUAUAUCUACUGCCAUGAGCUCAGCAUUGAGUUUCAGGAACCAGUUCCUGCAUCAAUACCAAAUUAUUAUAAAAUAAUUAAGAAGCCCAUGGAUCUAUCCACAGUGAAGAAGAAGCUGCAGAAAAAGCACUCCCAACACUACCAGACACCUGAAAACUUUGUUUCUGAUGUCAGGCUUAUAUUCAAGAACUGUGAAAGGUUCAAUGAGAUGAUGAAAGUUGUUCAAGUUUAUGCAGAAACACAAGAAUGUAAUCUGCAGAUUGACUCUGAAGUGGCCCAAGCAGGAAAAGCUGUGGCUUUAUACUUUGAGGACAAACUUCCAGAAAUCUAUCCUGACAGGACCUUCCCACCAUUACCUGAAUUUGAACCAGAGGAGGAUGAUGGUGAAGUAACAGAGGAUUCAGAUGAGGAUUUUGUACAGCCUCGAAGAAAACGUCUAAAGUCAGAUGAGAAGCCGGUGCAUAUAAAGUGAUUUAAAUGCCCUGGACUUGACGUUUUUCUGUAGAGAUAUAACUUUAAGUACCUAUUUAAGUGUUCCUGGAAUAUCUUCUCGCCUACGUUGGCUACCUUCAUUGAGAAGGUGGGAACUUUUAGACAGUAUUAGACCAACUAAUUUGUACAGAAGAGAUGAACAUUCUUUUAAAGAAGAUGGAAACUUAUUGUCACAUUUUUUUUUUUUCUUGACUUUUUAAAAAAUAUUUUUAAUUUGAAGCUGGACAGACUCCUUUCAGAAGGAACAGUCUAUUCGUAAUCUCAAUUAGGUUUUUGUGAAAAGUUGAAGACCGUUCCUUUGAUUUGGUAUUCUCAAGCGUUCUUUGUACAGACCUAUAAGCGGACUCGAUGGUUGUUGUUGCUUGUUAAUCUAUUUCUUUAUGGAAGAUUGGACCAGUACUUGCAGUUCUCUGUAACAUCUUCUCUUUUGAUCAGGCUGCUCUGAAGCUUGAUUUCAGCGAUAACAUGGUACAGGUUUAAGUGUGGUUUCUGAACGAUUCAUUUCUAGUAGUUCUCCAUUUCCAAGUUUUUGUUACAAUUUUUUUUUCUUUGAGUGCUUAGCUUCAGUAGGUUAUCUUCUCCAAGGUUCUGGUAUAUAGAUAUAUAUUUUGUGAAGGAAACCGUUUAACUUUGAUCCUAAAAACAGUAACUUUUUGCUAUGUAUAUAUGAGGAAGCUUCUACGUGUUCGUAAAUCCAUAUUGCAUUAUUUCUGACAACAGAUUGUCAAUCCUUGCUGUUGUCUUGCAUCCAAGACGAGGAAAAAUAAAUUAAGAAACUGGUUAAAUAGUCUUGAUUUUAUCCUACUUUAACAGCAAAUGAGUAGAUAGAAAUUGUUAGUAUAUUUGAGAGAAUAAAAAAACAACAACUUGGUCUUCCUUAGAGUUACUCCACUUUUGAACAUUGUAUCAAAGUUUAAAUCUAUGUAUAAUGUGGAGCAAAUUGGCAGCCACUUUGCUGUAUGACUGCUGGACUUGGCUCCUUGUACGAUUAGAGCUCAUCUUGCUCUCUGCAGUGAAUUAUGGGAAACGUAAUGUUUUUUUUUUUCUUGUUGUAAAUACUUUUUUUCUCCAACAAUGCUCUGUAACGGGGCAUGUUCUGUACAGAUGUCGGAUUAACAAGAGGUCGUAUCCAUGUUUGAGGCCCUUCAUUCUGAGAUGAAACUGGCAACCAGUAGCAUUUUAGAAAAAUGCAUCUUAUGGUUGUAAAGAGUAAAGCAAAAAUUCUGAGCCUUUAUAUGUAGCGCUAAACUCGAAAUGAUGAUCAAAGUUGGAGUUAUUUUAAUCUUUUUAAUUAGUUUCAAGAAAUGUAUAAUUUUGCUAUGCUCACUGUCUUUCUUGUACAUAAAACCUGACUGCCUCGAGGCAGCUGCCUUUCCAGA